CACGCGGCACAGCAGCAACCGCACGUCUACAUUUUCUUGCUGAAUUCAAAAAGACUUGGGAUGUCACUCCCACGUUGCCAGCACCUGCGUCGCUCCAUGGACGUCCGCGAUCGUCUCGACCCUGCCGCGUUCUCGAGAUGACUUUGUUCGGAACUCGAGCUUCCCGUCGGCGUUCGUGUGAUGUCCAGCAGAAAACCGCGCCUGCACUUCCCCAUAACGCACCACGCCAACCAUGGCGACCAGUCCCGGUGAUGAGGUCGAAGUCCAGAAGCCGCCGCUACAAGCCUCCGCAGCAGAGAAAGAUCGCGCUCCGACAACACCAGAGGGACAGCCAUCGGGUUGGCGAUUGAACCUGGUUCUCGCCGCGACCUUUGUCGGCCUCUGCCUCAGCUUACUAGACACGACCAUCGUGGCUGUAUCGUUACCGACCAUUGCGGAGCACUUCGAUGAAUUCGAUCGCUCGACAUGGAUCAUCAACGCCUACCUCAUCACCUACAUGGCCUUUUCGAUCGUGAUCGCUCGAAUGAGUGAUAUUUUCAGCUGUCGAUCGGUGCAGGCUGUUUCGUUCAUCAUCUUCAUUGCCUUUUCCUUGGGCUGUGCGCUCAGCACAUCCAUGACGCAGCUGAUCGUUUUCCGAGCGCUGCAAGGCAUGGGCGGCAGUGGAUUGUACUCAAUGACCAUGGUGAUUGUCCCAUCUUUGACGCCGCCCCAGAAGCGAAGUAUGAUCGGUGCCUAUAUCGCACUCUGUGUGACGACCUCGGGUGUAUUGGGACCCAUUCUUGGAGGUGCGAUCACGAAUCAUCAAACCAGCAGUACAUGGCCAUGGAUUUUCUGGAUCAAUCUUCCUGUGGCGGGAGUCGCGCUCGCAGUAUUCCUUCUGGCCUGGCCUACUGGCCAGUCUCGAAAAGCGCUUUCUUUCGCUGCUCUCCUCAGUAUUGACUUUCUCGGCUGCCUUCUCCUCCUGGCAGCAUCUACCCUGCUUGUGUUCGCUCUCCUCGAAGCAGGGACAUAUCAAUUUGAAUGGAACAGUCCGGCUAUCAUCGCGUGCCUCGUUCUCUCCGCCGCGUCAUUGGUAGCCUUCAUCCUCUGGCAGAUCUGGAUCGCAUCGCACCCGGCUUUCAAGAUCAAAGUCGUCUUUCCGGUAAACACAAUCACCCAGCGCGUGGUCGCUGCAGGAAUGAUUGCAACCUUCCUCUCCGGAUUCGUAUACUACGUCGCCAUCGUCAAUCUGCCCGAAAGAUUCCAAAUCGUCAGUCAAGACACGCCGAUAAUCGCCGGCAUCAGACUUCUCCCCAUGCUGGUCUUCUCCGGCAUUGGUGCCAUCAUCGGCGGAGCUGCCAGCGCUCGACGCAACAAUACUUCGUACACCCUCAUCGCGGCGUCGGCAUUUCAACUCCUCGGCUACGGUCUGAUGACGACUCUGGGCCUCGCCACGGAGGUCCCCGCGAAACAAUACGGCUUCCAGAUAUUCCUCGGUCUCGGUUUCGGCAUGACCAUGUCUUCCGCGACGCAGAUGAUGCAUCUCCAGGUCGCACUCCAAUGGCUAGCCGUAACCCAAGGCGCCCUCGCCCAACUCCGCUCGCUCGGAGGAAGCAUCGGCCUCGCGAUCGCAGUGAUAAUCUUCAACUCGCGCACGCGGGCCUCGGCCGCUCUGACCGCCAGCCUGACGCCCGCGCAGAUCUCCUCACUAUACAAAUCGCCCAUCAUCGUCGAGACCUUCCUCCCGCAACAGCAGGUCCUCGUCGCGGAGGUCUUCGCCCGCGCCUUCACCGAACAGAUGAGGGUCGCUGCGUACGUCUCUGCCGUGUGCCUCGUCGUCAGCCUGAUGACGUGGGAGCGGGUGCCGCCGGAGAUGCCGAGGGUCCCUCGCCCUCCGAUGACGACGACGACGACGGCUCGAUUGGGGCAUGCGAUGCCUCCCGCUGCAGAGCCGGGUGGUCUCGUCGGGGAGCAGAGAGAUGGCAUGAAGAAAGAUGGCCCCGGGACUGGACUGGAGUCGAAAGAUGACCGUCAAGAGAGGGAUUAGAGCGAUUCGACGGGACCGGCGUAGAUGAAGAUGCCUACAUUUAUUAAAAUUCUUACGCUGUAUGAUAUUGACGCAAAUGAGCUUUGAUGAU